AUGGAGUACGAGGAAGGCAGCAAGUGGUGGGCGCCUGAGGUGUUUCCGGCGAACCAUCUGGACUCCGAUCGAGACUACAACGUGAAGGUCCGUGAGCGCUGCGUGGACCCCAAUGCUGACAGCGACUAUCUUGCCGACAAGCUUCGCACAGCCGCGGCGCCGGCGCUGGCGCCCGAGAAUCUGACCACUUCGGACUUGCGCAAGUACCGCCUGGACCUGCUUUGGGACCCCGGGAACCGCCGCGCCUGCGUCUUUUGGGCUUGGCAGGUGAUGUUGAAGCCCUUCGACGCGGCCUGGCCAGAAGAAGACAACGAGACCAUUGCUGGCGGCGGCCACUUUUUUGUGUACUCACGGAACAUCACGGAAGCCGCGUUCAAGUUGCCGCUGGGCAGCAACUCCCAGUACGCCGCGCGGGUCCGGGAGCGCUGCACGGACCCAGCGCAAGACGGCGAGUGGGGCUAUUUGCCGAGCCUGUGGACUGCACCCCCGGUGCAAGCAGAGAGGUUGGAGAACGUGACGAUCCUCUUCAACUGGCCCAAGCUGCUAUCCGUCCGCUUUGUGGCCGGGCCUUCAGGCUGGCUCGAAGAUCUUGCGCCAGAUGAGCCUGGAUACAACAGCCAUAGCGACUGUGUGUACACAGGCUGGUACGUAGAGGUGGCCGAUCCCAGCACACCCAACGACUGGGUUGUACAGGAAGAAUGCCUGGCGGUGUCCCGCGACUUUGAAGGCGCGAUGCGCUGA